AUGAAGAGCACCGGAAAGCAUCGUUGGUUAAAUCAUUAUGUUGUGUUGGAACGUCUCAGCGGGCAGCCUUGCAUUGCGCUGGCAUUUGUCGCAGCAUAUGGCGUGUCAUUACUUGUAUGCGUAUUACCCAUUAUUGUUAUGGAAUUUGCAGUUGGGCAGCUCACUGGGCGAGCCCCUGUCAAAGCUCUGUACAAUAUUUGUCCUCUUUUCAAAGAAAUUAAAGGAACUUAUCUUUCACCAGUAGCAGUGCUGUCGGCGGUUACUUUCUUCAAGGGUUUUUUCGAAGAGAAAUUGAUGGUAGACUACGAAUUGUGGUAUUGA